AUCUUAUCCACUUCAUUUCAUUUCUCUCCGUAGAAAGUCUCACUUGCUCACUCAUUCUUUAUCUCUGCAUUUUAGCAAACUUAGAGCUCUGCACCGAUCAUUUCGAACAAGGUUGUUGGUCAGGAAGCAAUGGCGAUAGCCACAGCUACACUAUCUCCGGCCACGAUUAAGGCUGCAGCUAUUCCUGGCUCAGGAAGAACCUCCCUAAGGAGGACCAAAGUCACCUAUAUUAGUGGGUUGAACUCAUUUGGUGGCCUUAAGGCUCACAACAAUGUUGUCUCAUUAGGCCUUCCUGUUAGCACUGAACAAUCCUUUGCCAAGAUUGUUGGCUCAUUGAGUUGUCCUUCACAGAGCAAAGGCAGAGGUGGCGGAGCUCUCUCUUCAACCUGCAAUGCUGCUGAUGAGAUAUUUAGGAUUGCUGCUAUCAUUCAAGUCCUAGUUCUUAUUGGAGUAGCUGUGGGAUUUGUUCUUCUUCGAAUCGAAACCUCCGUUGAAGAGUCCGAAUAAGAAAUUACAAAAUUUAGUUGGUUAAAGAAGAUGUUUUUCAUCAAGGUUUCUGUUCUUUUUUGCCUAAUUCUAUUCUGGAUGUAGAAUUGAGUUAAUUUGGACAAGUGAACCAAAUUUGUACAAUUCGUUUCUGUUGGAAACUUCUUGAGACACUGCGUUGAUCAACAUUU